UGGCCGAGGAAGGUGAGCGAGUGUCUGGAGGGGAGGACUCGGGAGCGCGGCCAGCCGAGGGAUCGAUCGGAUUAAACUCGAUUUGAGUGAAAUUAACACAAAGGAGAGAAGAGCAACGCACACUAGUCGGCGAGGUCGCGGAUGCGAGAUACGCCGGAGAAAUAUUUCCUGAAAAACAGAAAAACUUGAACUUUUUCUCUCUGUUUAUUUAUAUUUCGAACUGAAAAAGGACCACGGUGGAUUUUUUUCAAGCAAGCGGAGAUAGUACCGUACUAACGAGGAGUUGAUUUGAUAAAAGGCUGAAGUGACCGAGCUUGUUGGGAACCUUAAUGAGGACGAUGGAGUGGAACGCUUCAAAUUAGUGGUUAGCUCUUCACUUCACAGCACACCUCCCAUCUGUGGGCCCACCACCCAGCCAUGGCGGACCCAGGGAUGUUGAGCCUCUUUGGUGACGAUGCAGGGUUGUUCUCGGACGAAUUGGAUAGUUUGGGAGACUGCUUCCCCCCGCAGUCAGCGGCUGGCCCAGCCAACCCACUCGCCCCGCCCACAAACCCGUCUCUGAACCACGAGCACCAGGGAACCAGGGCUUACCACCAAGGGAUGCUUCACGGCACCGGGGCCGGACCGGGGCAGUCCAAACUGGGGCAGAUGUAUGAGCACAGCCCGUAUACAGGCUACGAUCAAGCGGGUGCCCCCGGAGGACGGAUGAUGGCCCAGAACGGUCCCAGCCAGGGCUCGCCGAAUGUGAACACGGCCAUGAACGGCAUGACCUCCCACUACCACAACAACCCAGCUAACUCUAGCAACACUCACCACGGGUACCAGGGCGAUGCUGGGGCAGCAGGAGGAGGCGGGGGCGGAGUUUGGGGCCCACAGCAGCAGAGCAGAUCUGUGUAUCAGCAAGCUUCAGCACCAUCAGGGGCUGGUCCCAACCAGAUGGGAAGCUACCAAAUGUCUCAAGGCAACUACGCUGGCAUGCAGGGUCCUCCUACAUCCGGUGCAGCGCGCAUGAAUCAACACUACCCUUCACAGAGCAUGGCCCCUGUUCCAGCUCAGGACCCAUCUCACUACUUAGGACAUGUUGGGAUGGGUGGGGUCCAGAURAGACAGCCUCAGCCACAGCCCCAGAACUAUCCCAACAUGGGCCACGCACCUCGAUACCCACACUCCCCUUCUAGACAACCUCCACACCAGCACCAACAGGGCAUGGCACCGUUCGGGGGUGCUCAGUACCCUGGCUAUCAGCCCCAGUAUGCUGCCAUGGGGCCUGGGAUGGGCCAGGGGGCUAAUGCUAACGUCAGCGCUAACACCAGCCAGGCCAUGGGAGCGGGGCAGCUGGGCCAGAGGUUCAACCAGGGAGUGAGCUCAGCACCGGGGCAACAGGGACAACGAUACCCCUCUGUUCCACCCCACCAGCCGCACUCUGCCUCAAUGCAGCAGCAGGCAGGGCAGCAAGGCCAGCCUAUGCACCCCCUAAACCACCCUCCGAAUCUUCCCCAACCUCCAAACCAACCCCAGUCCCACCAUACCGCCCCAGCUCAGGGAUCUUACCCCUCCCCGUCGUCUAUGUCCCCAAUGCGGGUUCUGGGAACCCCGACUCCUCCUCCCCAGCAAGGAAGACCCCCCAGCGCAGGACUAGCCGGGCCUGCGGAUGUCGCAGGAUACACAGCAAUGCAUUCUCCGCCCAGCGCUAUGGCCCAUGCACAGAGAACUCCCCAGACCUCUCUAUCUGCAGCACACCCACAACACCAGCAGCCCCACAACAUGCCUCCCAGUGCAGGGCAAAUUUAUCCUGGCAUGGGGCCUCAGCGUGGACCACAAAUCGGGCCGACUCGGCUCCAGCAACCACAAGGGCCUCAUGAAGCCUCAGUCAGCCAGGGGGGGGACCAGCGCCUGCUCCAGGCCCAACAGCAGGCCUCUCGAGGUGGGCAGCCCAUGCCGUCUGCUCCUAUGGGGUUCCAGGGUCCGCCUAUUGGUCAACACGGAGCGCCUGCCCCUAACCAGGGCUUAGCUCCACCUGCCCAGAACACUCAGACGCAGCACACGCAUCUGCCCCCACACCCCCACCACCUGCAAAGCACGCCCCCUCCUCCCAGCCAGGCCUCCCACCCAUGGGCACCUCAGCCAUCUGCCCCCCACCCACUCUCCUCACCCCCUCUUACCCCACAGAAAGUGCCUCACAUACAGCAUUCCCCCUCAGACCUGUCAGGUGAUGCCUCAAUGAUGGUUACCGACAGGCCGGCGGUUGGUGCCGGAGCCCCCAACCAGCCUAUCAGCACAGAGAAGCCUACUGAUCAGGAGACCAAGCCAAAAAAGAAGAAGAAAAAGAAAGCUAAAGCAGUGGAAGAAAAAGAAGAUGGAGGCAAGAAAGAAGCAAGGGAAGGAGGAGAUGAAGACGUAAAGUCUGAGUUUCCUGCAGCAGGAAGCAAUGCAAGUGAACAGCUUAUUGGCACAGGAGCUGUUGAAGGGAGUUUGCCGCCACCGGAGGAGAAGAAGAAGCGGAAAAAGAAACCAAAGGAGAAGACGGAGGGCAAGGAGCCCAAAGAGCCCAAGACCCCGAAGACCCCCAAAACACCCAAGACUCCCAAAGAGCCCAAGGAGCCCAAGGAGAAGAAAGCCAAGACCACCACACCCAAGGCCAAGACUCCCAAGAAAACCAGCAGUAAAAAGGUGGAAUCAGAGGGCGGGGCCAGCGCUGCUAAGAAGGACGCCAAGAGGAAGAGAGAGUUGUCAGUCGGUGACGAUGUGGAGGUGAAGUCUCCACUACCCUCUCCUCCUGAAGAGGAGGAUGAUGAUGGUGUGCAGAAGCGCCGUUCGAGUCGGCAGGURAAGAGGAAGAGGUACACGGAGGACCUGGAGUUCAGGAUCUCUGAGGACGAUGACAGCGGAGACGAUUCACCAACACCAAAAUCUCCCUCGUCCUCCUCACAACAACAGGAUCUGACUGAGGCUGAAGGGCCUGUUGUGGAGAAGAUCAUGGGUAUGCGCAGCGCCAAGAAGCAACUGGAGUCAGGCGAGGAAGUGGAGGUGGAGGAGUUCUACGUCAAGUUCAAGGGCUUUUCGUACCUGCACUGUCGCUGGUCGGAGCUGGAGGAGCUGGAGAAGGACAAGAGAAUCCACCAGAAGAUAAAGAGGUUUAGAGCCAAGCAGCAACUCAACAACUUCAUCACUGAGAUGGACGAUGAGCCUUUCAACCCGGACUAUGUGGAGGUGGACCGAGUCCUGGAUGUUUCAGAGAGCACAGAUGAAAAUGGAGAGAUUGUCACCUUAUAUUUGGUAAAAUGGUGCAGUUUGCCUUAUGAAGACGCCACCUGGGAGCUGAAGGCAGACAUCGACCAGUCUAAGAUAGAUGAAUACGAACGCAUCGCAGCGCGCGAACCCAACACUAACCGAGUGGAUCGGCCUUCUGCAGCCGACUGGAAGAAGCUGGAGAGCUCCAGAGAGUACAGGAAUGGCAACGCACUCAGGGAAUACCAGCUCGAAGGCCUCAACUGGCUGACUUUCAACUGGUACAACUCACGUAACUGUAUCCUGGCAGACGAGAUGGGCCUUGGGAAGACCAUCCAGUCCAUUACAUUCCUCUAUGAGAUAUACAUGAAGAGCAUCGAGGGGCCAUUCCUGAUCAUCGCCCCUCUCUCCACCAUCCCUAACUGGGAGAGAGAGUUCAGGACCUGGACGGAGCUCAAUGUGGUGGUCUACCAUGGCAGCCAGGCCAGCCGGAAAACCAUCCAGGCUUAUGAGAUGUACUACAGAGACACACAGGGUAAGAUAGUAAAAGGCGUGUAUCGCUUCCAUGCUGUCAUCACAACCUUCGAGAUGAUCCUCGCCGACUGUCCGGAGCUACGCAGCAUCCCGUGGCGCUGUGUGGUGAUCGACGAAGCCCACCGCCUCAAAAACCGCAACUGCAAGCUGCUGGAGGGGCUCAAGAUGAUGGAUAUGGAGCACAAAGUCUUGUUGACAGGAACUCCUCUUCAGAACACAGUGGAGGAGCUCUUCAGCUUACUCAACUUCCUGGAACCAGAGAGAUUCCCGUCUGAACAGACUUUCAUGACUGAAUUUGGAGACUUGAAGACUGAAGAACAGGUCCAAAAACUUCAAGGCAUUCUGAAGCCCAUGAUGCUUAGAAGACUGAAGGAGGAUGUGGAGAAGAACCUGGCCCCCAAAGAAGAAACCAUUAUAGAGGUGGAGUUGACCAACAUCCAGAAGAAAUACUAUCGGGCCAUUCUGGAGAAAAACUUCUCCUUCCUGUCCAAAGGAGGCGCGGGAGGAAGUGGAUCAGCUAGUGUGCCCAACCUCCUCAACACCAUGAUGGAGCUGAGGAAAUGCUGCAACCACCCCUACCUCAUAAAUGGAGCGGAGGAGAAGAUCAUCGAGGAGUUCAGGGAUUCCCACGGCGGCAGGAUUGAUGUGCCUGAAAUGGCCCUCCAAGCUAUGAUCCAGGGGGCCGGGAAGCUGGUGCUCAUCGACAAGCUGCUGCCCAAACUGAAAGCCGGAGGACACAGGGUGUUGAUUUUCAGUCAGAUGGUCCGCUGCCUGGACAUUCUGGAGGACUACCUCAUCCAGAGACGCUAUCCAUAUGAACGAAUAGACGGCCGCGUUCGGGGGAACCUGCGACAGGCGGCCAUCGACAGGUUUUCCAGACCAGACUCGGACCGAUUCGUCUUCCUGCUCUGCACCAGAGCCGGUGGGCUUGGCAUCAACUUAACCGCAGCGGAUACAUGCAUCAUCUUCGACUCUGACUGGAACCCUCAGAAUGACCUUCAGGCUCAGGCGAGAUGUCAUCGUAUCGGCCAGUCCAAGUCGGUGAAGAUCUACCGCCUGAUCACCAGGAACAGCUACGAGCGGGAGAUGUUUGACAAGGCCAGUCUGAAGCUCGGGCUCGAUAAGGCCGUCCUCCAGAGCAUGAGCGGCCGAGAGAACUCAAACAGCGGGGUCCAGCAGUUGUCUAAGAAAGAGAUUGAAGACCUACUGAGAAAAGGCGCUUAUGGCGCUCUGAUGGACGAAGAAGACGAAGGCUCGAAAUUCUGCGAGGAAGACAUUGACCAGAUCCUCCAGAGACGAACCCACACCAUCACCAUCGAGUCGGAGGGCAAAGGCUCCACGUUUGCAAAGGCCAGUUUCGUUGCAACAGGAAACCGAACAGACAUUUCUCUGGAGGAUCCAGACUUCUGGCAGAAAUGGGCCAAGAAAGCAGAACUGGACAUGGACGCCAUCAACGGCCGGAACACUCUGGUGAUCGACACGCCCAGGGUGAGGAAGCAGACGCGGCACUACAGCAGCGUGAAAGAGGACGAGAUGCUCGARUUCUCCGAGCUGGAGAGCGACGACGACGAACCCAGUAAGCCGUCGUCCAAACAACGACGGCCUCAAGACAAAACGCAGGGAUACCCCCGGUCCGAAUGCUUCAGGGUGGAGAAGAACCUGCUGGUCUACGGUUGGGGCAGGUGGAGCGACAUCCUCGCUCACGGCCGCUUCAAGCGUCCCCUGAAGGAGGCGGACGUGGAGACGAUCUGCAGGGCUCUCCUGGCCUACUGUCUGCUGCAUUACCGCGGUGACGAGAACAUCAAGAGCUUCAUCUGGGACCUGAUCACCCCGAGCGAAGACGGCACCACCAGGACGCUGACGAAUCACUCUGGUCUCUCUACCCCCGUUCCCAGGGGCAGGAAGGGGAAGAAGGGCAAGAUGACCACUCCUCCUCCUCAGACGCCACGAGCUGAUUGGCUGGCCACCUGCAACCCUGACCAUUUGCUGCAGGAAGACAGCUACAAGAGGCACCUGAAACAUCACUGUAACAAGGUCCUGCUGAGAGUCCGGAUGUUGUAUUAUCUGCGACAGGAAGUCAUCGGCGACCAGGCUGAGCGCAUUCUGGAAGGAGCCGACUCCAGCGUGUUGGAUAUCUGGAUCCCUCAGCCGUUCCAUGCUGAGGUCCCAGCUGACUGGUGGGACACGGAGGCUGACAAGUCCCUGCUCAUCGGCGUCUUCAAACACGGCUAUGAGAAGUACAACUCCAUGCGUGCCGACCCUGCCCUGUGYUUCUUGGAGCGAGUGGGCAUGCCAGACGCCAAAGCGAUCGCCGCUGAACAGAGGGGCUCUGACAUGAUGGCAGAUGGCAUUGAGGGUGAGGAUGAGGAUCCAGAGUAUAAACCGAUACGUAUGCCAUUCAAAGAUGACCUGGACGAUUUCACCAACUCUCCCCUGGAUGACAAAGACGAUGCAGUUGAAGGCGAGACUGAAGUCAAAUCAGGUGAGAACGGCCAAAACGUGCCGUCUGUGGGCGGAGCUUCUGGCUCCAGCGAGCGACUGUAUUGGCCAGCGGCCUCGGCCCUGACGGCCAGGCUUCGCCGCCUGAUCACGGCCUACCAGCGCUCCAACCGCAGAGAGCAGCUCCGUCAGGAGGCACUCAACAGACCCGACGGUCGCCGACGACGACGCAGGGAGUUCCUGCCUUCCAUCCCUAUGGUUCCUGAAACGGGAGGCGCCACCACGUACAUCCAGGAUGGCACGGGGGUGUUCAUGACAGAAGGAAGCCCAUAUUUGGCUAAAGGAAGCGCUUAUUUUGCCAAAGGUGGUCAGUUUCUGCCAGAGACUUCACCAGUGAUGACGGCCAACUCCCUGAUGUCUGAUGGAUCCCUGUACUAUAGAGARAGGAGACAAAGAUGGACGCGUCGUGAGGAGGCAGACUUCUACCGCGUUGUGUCCACCUUUGGAGUCGUGUUUGAUACGCAGCGUCAAAAGUUUGAUUGGGCCCAGUUCAGAGCGUUUGCUCGGCUGGACAAGAAAACAGAUGAGAGCUUGGAGAAAUAUUACUACUCGUUCAUUGCCAUGUGCAAACGGGUCUGCAGGAUGCAGGUCAAGACCGAGACAGGUAAAAGAAACAAGCUGCUGGAUAACAUCUGCGAGGCUGUCCUGAAGGGCAAGUGGCCCGUCAACAGACGGCAUGUCUUCGACUUCCCUGGCAACCUCUUGCCGGGUCACGGCUCCGCGGCAACUGCGGCUGCCGUAGCCAUGGUGAGCGAGAGCCCGCUGCAGAGACGGAGCCUGGCCGAGCUGACGAUAGCCGGCAUCCACACGCCGUACAGCGGGAGCGAAGACAAGACGCUGUCUCCGCAGGUUCAUGACGACGCGCUGAGCCUGACGGUGCCUCGACAGAGGAGGAGGAGAAGGAAAAAGAUCGAGAUCGAGGCAGAGAGAGCGGCGAAGAGGCGAAACCUGAUGGAGAUGGUGGCUCAGCURAGGGAAAGCCACGCCGCCGCAGAGUCUCAGAACCAGGCCAUCGACCUCACUAAGGUGCUCACAGGAAGGCGUGCACCACCACCACAAGUCUUCUCCGUCAUUGGCCGGCUUCCCCAGUGCCUUGAUGACAAACCCUUCCCUCAAGGCCCAGAUGGAUCUGCUUCAGCAAGUCCCACCUUCCGGACACAGAGCCAACGGUUCGUUGGACGCCGACCUGCCCAUCACGAAGAGGAGGCGGGGCCGCAGGAAAAAUGUGGAGGGCCUGNCCGCAUCGAGCUGCUGCGCCGCAUCCGAGAGCAGGUCCUCCCUCACCCACUGCUGUCCGAGCGCCUCAAGCUCUGCCAGCCGUCUCCGGACCUGCCCGAGUGGUGGGAGUGCGGGCGCCACGACCGUGACCUCCUCCUGGGGGCUUCGAAGCACGGCGUCAGCCGUACGGAUUAUCAYAUCCUCAACGAUCCCACCUUGGGCUUCCUGGAGGCCCACCAGCGCUUCACCACUCAGCGAGGCUCCGGUGGCAUCGGCUCUCUUGGAGAACUCGGCAAAGUCGGAAUGGGGAUCGCAGAAGCKGCCUCUGCGCCCCUUCUCACGGCUGCAGAGCUGGAGAGUGCYGCUGCCGCUGCCAAAAUGGCCGUGGACGCAGCUAAAGAGGAGGAAGAAGGGAAGGCUGUAAAGAUGGAAGAAGAGAAAACAGAAGUGGAGGUAAAAAUGGAAACGGAGGAGGAAGAUUCCAGCAACAUUCCAUGUAUGAAGACUGAACCCCUUGAGCAAAAGGGAAACCAGGAUGAUGCUGAUGAAGGGAAAGAGGAGGCAGCCGCUUCACCCAUGAAGGUCAAAGCUGAAGACGUUUUGCCAAAAGUUGAGAAAGACGACGAAGCGAAACCAGAAAGUCAGAGGACAAAUGACCAAGAUUACAACAUGACAGAAGAGAAGAGCAUCGCAAGCCCUGAAUAUCACCUUGGCAACGAGAAAGACGUUGGUGCUGAGCUCCCAGAGUUCUCUGCUGAAGCACAACUUGGCCCCAAGACUGCAGAGGAGGAAGACUGCGAGGAGAAGGAGACUUCCGAGUGUCUUAAAUCUCCAAAGUCUGCCGAAACCGAGAAAAGCCCAGAGGAAGAGGAGGAGGAGAGGCUGGAUGAAGAUGACAAAUCGGAGAAGUCCUCUCAGGCUGAAGCGAGCGCAGGGCAGAAGAACUUCGACGAGGAGAGCAUCGCUUCUCUGAGCGCGUCCGUACGGGACGAGACCCGAGACGAGUUCUGUCCCGAUGACCUGCAGGAAACGUCUGUGCUGCACACCCUGCAGGACCGCUCCUACGCUUUCUCUUUCUGGCCUAAGGGAGUGGAGGCGGUCCAGGAAGCGCCCCAGUCUCACAGACCGAUCAGCGUCCCCGAGCAGAGCCCCAAUGCCCGCUCUCUGGCCUCGGGCAGCCUGGAGGAGGAGGAGACGCCCGUCUCCAGCAAAGACCUGGGAGAGUGGCUGAGACAGCAUCCCACCUACACCAUGGACAUGACUGGAUUCACACCAAAGAGCGAGGAAUUGCUGUUAUCUCAGUUCUCCAAGCCCAAGCAGAAGCGCCAUCGCUGUCGAAACCCCAACAAGAUCGACAUCAACACGCUGACCGGGGACGAGAGAGUCCCUGUGGUCAACAGACGGAACGGACGCAAGAUGGGUGGGGCCAUGGCUCCACCAAUGAAGGAGCUCCCCAGGUGGUUAUUGGAGAACCCGGAGUUCUCCAUCGCUCCUGAUUGGACAGACAUCGUCAAGCAGUCGGGUUUCCUCCCGGAAGCCAUGUUUGACCGCCUUUUGACCGGCCCUGUUGUCAGAGAGGAAGGCGUCCGUCGUCGAGGGCGGCGACCCAAAUCGGAGAUAGUGAAGGCAGCCGCCGCCGCCCAGGCCGCAGCGGCAGCGCAGGCUGCGCAGGCAUCGCUGGCGUCAGCCGCUUCCUCCGCAGGAGGAAUCAACCCGCUGCUGCUCAGCAGCCUGUUCGGAGGGAUGGACCUGUCGUCCCUCCAGAGCCUUCAGUCGCUCCAGUUGGCUGCUGGUCUGAUGGCCUUCCCGCCGCCAGCUGACCCCAAACAGUCCGCCGCCAACGCCGCCGCCGCCUCCAUGCUGCCACUCAUGAUUCCCGGCAUGGGAGGGCUGCCCAACAUGGCCGCCGCCAUUCCCAACAUGUUCAGCCUUGGAGGACUAUUUGGAGGCAACCUGGCGGCCGCCGCUGCUGCCACCGCCGCUUCCAACGCCAAUGCCGCUUCCGGAAACACCAACGGGACGCCGGAGGGAGACGGAGGCAACAGGGAGGAGACGGCAAAGAGGGAGAAGGAGGCRAGAGACCACGGAGAUGAGAUGGGAGAGGAUGAUGACGACGAAGAAGAGGAGGCGGCAGAGGAAGAGGAGGAGGGAGCGAAAAAGACCAAGAAGAGGAAGAUGGAGGGAGAAGUUGCUUCAGAAAAACCAGAGAAACCYGUCAGCAACAUGUCUGGUGCCCCCAAGAUGGUGACCGCCGAGGCUCCAGCAGAGGUUUCCAUCAACGGCGACACAGCCGCCCUGCUGGCCGCCGCCGGCAUGUCAGCCAACUCCCUGGCGUUCAACCCUUUCCUGCUGUCCACCAUGGCGCCCAGCCUCCUCUACCCCUCCAUGUUCCUCCCGCCGGGCCUGGCCGGCCUCAGCCUGUCCGGCUUCCCCACCGCCUCCCUCGCCGAGCUGCAGAGCGCCAUGGCCGGGGCGCUGGGCGACAGCGCCGCCACCCCAAACCCGCCGAGAGACGGCGAGGGGGACAAGAGGGACGACGGGAAGGCUGAUGAAGACGAAGAGGAAGAGGAGGAGGUAGAGGAGACGGACUCUGCGGAGCAGAAAGGGGAAGGAGCGAUGGGCGGAGGAUUGCCGGAGGAGGCGGCGGUUGCUGCGGCGUCUCCCCAGAACGGAACAAGUGACUGAAGCGGAAAAACGUUGAGAAAAAAAAAACUGACUGGCCUUGAACACUUCCUCCCUCUGUUGCACGUUUACACGCCUCCAACAGAAAUAUCCAAACUAUUACAAACUUCUUUUUUUUUUUCUUUGACCUUUUGUUGACGUUUUCUAUUUCACGUUUUUGUCGUUUGACCAGGUGUAUUUACUAUGCGUCAGAGAGGACGAGAUGUGUUUGUAUUAAGUUAAAUCUCUCUGAUCGAUAGUGUAGUCAGGGAAAAAUCCUCAGYCGAGCUCGGCUCUCCUUCAAAGACUGUUUCCUUCUCUCCGGUCGGUGCGCGCCGUCAACUCUGCACCCACCUCUUAUUUGUUUAGUUGUUUUUUUUUUUGUUUGUUUUUUUCUUUUUUCACAAAAUAGGACUUCACAUGUUUCCAAUAGUACUAUUAUUCUAUUAUUAUUGCUGCUUUCAGCUCUCGAGUCAUUUAUGCCUCCCUCUCCUUUUGUCUGGACUGAUAUGUUGUUGCCGGCAGCGUCUCAUCCAAACCAGGAGAAGAAGCUCCUGCUGCUUCUUCUGACGUCAGUUCUCAAAGAAAAAAAAKAAAAAACAGAAAAAGAAAGAAAAACAGCAUUACAGCUCAUCCUGCUGUCUGUCUGAUAAAGCUGCUGCAAAAUGAAUCGAUAGAGAUGCUCUGUCUUAGAGCAGAUGUUGUUUUAAGUUCUCACAUAUCAGACCAGGUAGACUCUGAUGAGGAAAUCAAACCAGACUCUCUCCGUCUCUCCACCAUCCAGGCGUAUACUUGAUGAAGAGCAGCACACACGUUCAGGAGGCUACCACUACACACUAACCCCUCGUAGGUCAUGUGACUGUUUCUCCUGUUGGUUUUUUGUUUUUUUUCCCCCUUUUUUCCUCGUUUUGACUGUUUGUGUGCACGCUGAAUCGAUACUGUUAAACCCAGUCCCACACUGAAAACCAGUCUGGAGUCUUUCCUACUGCCACAUCCGAUUGGUGUCUCUCUCCUUUUGGAGGCGGCUGCUUGUUUUUCUUUUUGUUUGGUUUUGUUUCGUCUUUCCCGGGGUUGCCGGGCGGGCUGGGUCCUGCCGCCGGUCAGGCCUUCUGAUUGGUCCGCUUCAUGCUGCCAAAACCCAGCCACCACCACAACCACCACCCCUGUUCAGAAAAGGGGGGGCCUUCGUGAAUGAAUUUGGAGCGGCGGUCCAAAGCAAGGGAUGCAACGUUUCAGGUCGAUUCGUUAAAGAGGUCGUUGCGUCAUUUCCCGGUCGCUGCCCCGUCGAAAUGUAGUUUUAAUCCUCSUCCACGUCCCGGUAGCUCCAGACCAAGUGCUGCUCCCCGUGGCGACCUCCUUCUUUAAAGACUGUUUGCUUUAGUCACACACACUGACACCAGGCCUGGCCACAAACACAGGACUGAGACAGGACUUUUCAAAGUUUCUACAUGUAGUUCAACUCUGCUCGCUAAGUUAAGUUUAUAAGUACUUGAAAGCACGAGUGGUGCUUAAUUUAUUCCCCCCCUCACCCCUCCUACAAACAAACCCUCAAAGGCCAGUUCUAGUGUCUGAGAAGAAUAAAGUGCUGCAAGUGGUUCCAAUAUUUAAAAGUACAUUUUAAAAACGACAAGCCCUGCGGCCAGGAAGAGAAGCGAGUCGGAGGUCUUCGUCCCGCCGCCCAUCCCUCCACCCACGCCAACCACCACCUCCCAACCCCCCACCGUCACAAAGAUCCUCGUUCUCCUCUCUAACGCUGAGACAGCAAUAACCGAGGCAGCUUUUGAAUGUUCCAACAUCACUCUCCCAACACGCUCACCCUAUGAAUAACCACAAGUGUCGUAUGAGUAGAGAAGCAAACUGUAAAUGAGGACAAAAUAAGUACUGCAAUCAAUUUUUUUGUCUCACUCUUUUCCUGUUGAUGCACUGGUGUUAAAGAGUAAAGUUAAUCAGGUACCUUUAUUACUUAGCUACUUUUCUUGAAAACAAAGGACAUUUUGUUACUUUUAGCCAGCAAGCUGAAGAGCAUUACCUCAAAAUUCUUAUCUAGCCUUGAAGUUUACAGACAUACCAUGUAAAUGUUUUUGUUUUUCUUGUUUUUUUUUUCCUUUUUUCUUUUUUGGUUUGUGUAAUUUUUUUUCUUUUUUUUUUUUUUGAGACAUCAUGUAUGAUGAAUUGUAGCUAUGAUGCUUUUAAUAAAAGUGAAUCAUGAUAUUCGCCUAGGAAACCAA